AUGACCGCACAGGCAUUAACUUCCCCUACACUUCUGAGUUGUAGACAUGUGACGGCUCAGAGGAUCCUCAUGGGUGUUUCAUGCAGUAGUGUCAAAAAAGCAAGUGAGAGGUACAAGGCACUACCAGCUUAUGUUAAGGUAUUUGAAGGCUUACAGAGAACUAGUGGCCACAUGCAAGAAUUGGGGCUGAGAAGAUUUGCAGUCGUGUGUAAGACAUGUCCUACGUAUAAGUCUUUGGUAGCUCAAAGAUCCAAGACCCAGAAAGGCAGACACAGAAAUGAAAUCUCAGAGCAGCUACAACCUGAGUUUCAAACCCUACGGGAGCGGAGGGAAGGGUUUGGCCGUGAACUUAGUCGCCACGGGAGGCGCAGUCCCAAAGGCCAGCAGCUUCGGCUCGGGUCUCCGCAGACCCGGGUCUGCAAGCGGGCGCUAGCGCUCCGCCCCAAGCUUCGGGGUGGGGCCAGAAGGGCGCAGGCGCAAUGCGCAGCGGAAGUAGCGACUCGGGAAAUUAGAAGGAAGGAAAGGGGCCUGCGUGCCGGGCUCCGCGAAGGGCACUGCGCUCCUCCUCCGUGGCUUCCUCCACCUCGGGGAAGCUCCGGGCGGCCGCACGUGCCUCCCUGCCCAGACUCCUCCCCUUCCCUCCCCCUGCCCGGGAGCGGCCGCGGGCUGCUUUCCUCUCCUCCAGCCGAGAUGGCGCUCGACCCCGCAGAGCAGCAUCUCAGACAUGUCGAAAAGGAUGUUUUGAUCCCUAAAAUAAUGAGAGAGAAAGCCCGAGAGAGAUGUUCUGAACAAGUUCAAGAUUUUACCAAAUGUUGCAAGGACUCUGGAAUCCUUAUGGUAGUAAAAUGCCGAAAAGAAAAUUCUGCAUUGAAAGAAUGUCUAACUGCUCAUUAUAAUGAUCCAGCCUUUUAUGAAGAAUGCAAAAUGGAAUACCUGAAGGAAAGGGAAGAAUUCAGAAAAACUGGAAUUCCUACCAAGAAAAGGCUACAGAAGCUUCCCACAAGCAUGUAGGCAAAUAUUCAGCGAUACUCAAGAGCUCUGAUAUUCAUGGAAAUCAUUAUCACCUGAAAUAAUGGACUCAAGGAAGUGUUUGCUUUAUCCUAAAUGAUGGAAAUAUUAUCUGAAAUAAAGAUUUUUUUUUUUUAAUUUCAAA